CUCAAAGCUGCCGGCCACAGAUGAGGUCCUCGUGGCAUACAAAGCUGCACACGGCCACGACGUAACCAGAGGCCUUCAACCAAGUUCCAACAAGACCUUGCCAACGCACUGCCGCACGCCCCAGCAACCGAGCCCCGUGCACCACGAAAGAAGACAUCUGUCAUGCUGCGUGCCAGUGGGAAGCCGCCCACAGCGACAUCGGAGGAGAGCUCUCUGCCCACCACGACAGCUGCCGCGAGAAGUGACGCCGCUGAGGCGCUGGAGAGAGAGAAGAAGACCGACAAGCGACGGAGACAGUUCCAGGGUCUCUGCCCUCCACACACGCAUCACGGCAGAGUGGACGGCCAUCGAGCCCUCGCGUGUCGCCGCCAUCCAGUCCAAUGACUUCAAUGAGACCACCAAGUACCAGUUCCCCCCCUCGCCCGUGUCCAUCGUGAGGUUCUACAAGGAGCUCGUGUAGACGAUGGCACACGUCGUGGUCCGGCCGCCAAUCACCGACCCAUCCAAUCUGACUAAUGUCAGCGGGAACGAGGGGUUCGUGGCUGCUGGGGCGGCGGGGAUCUCGUCGCCAGUGGUGCGACGGGGGAAGGACAUGGUGCUGCGGUCGCGGCUGUGGGAGUACCUGCAUCCGGAUGACGGCACCUGCUGCUUCCUCAACGACAUGGUGGCCACGGUGGGAGAGUGCUUCAGGGCCCUUGUCAGGUACGUGUGCACACGCAGACCACCCCUGUGUGCCAUCAAUCCAUCCAUCCAUCCAUGUGUGUAUGUGUGGUGCAGGCAUUCCGCACCCAGGCCGACAAGGCGAAGGUCGAUAGCUCUGCGGCGAAUGUGUCUGUGCCCGCCGCUGCACGAGAGUUUCCAGCUGCCCAUCCCGCUCUCGGCUGACCUGCUGCAGAGCUACCGAGACGCAAUGCUGGCCAAGGGGGAGGACGGCGUGCGGCGAAGGUAUCUGCUGGAGAUACUUGCACCAAACUACAGAGCCGCCAUGGUAAGCACACUCCCUCACACACAGAGAAGGCCAGGAAUACCGAGUAGUGUGGGUGUGUCUAUGGUGUGUGUGGUGUGCAGGCCACGUGA